AUGCCGCUGACUCAAGAGAAUCUUAGUGCGGGUUCCGAAGGGCAUAAUAGCCAAGCCGGUCCGCGUACUCAUAAAAGUAGCCGUUCAAACCCGGAACUCAAACGCAACCACCGCAAUGGCGUUCAAAUUAUGAAAUCUACAGACAUGACAGUGAAGUCAAAGCAGCACCUAGUAAAAGGUCUCAUUUGA